AUGCAAAUCGUGUUAAGCAAGCCCCUGUCAGCUGAAGUUCGUGCCCCAGUCUAAAUGUCCGGGUUUUCACGUCAACUUUCAUCCCGUCCUGAUGUCUAUCUGAACGCACCUCAGUUUCCCCCUAACUCCCACAUGUCAAGAUCUACCGCACAGAUAGUACGCAUCGCGUGCCAGGUCCUGUAAAGUCAUAUUGUAGAGGGAUAAGGUAAGUUCGGGCGGUGGAUUUGAACUUGGGAGUGCCUACAGUUCAGGUGUGCACAGGUAAGGGGGCGUUGCCUCCUUGGGCGGAACUUUCAUUUUCAAGUUUCUCGGCGGAUCGAUUUCCUGACCAAUCAAAAGCCCCGUCAGGCGCAUGCGUUCGGCAGGUGAUACAAACAAGAUGGCGCCCAUUUAUGGUUCCUGAUUUGCUGUUCUUCCCUCGUACAGUACCGGAGUAGUAGUUUUGGGGACCCAACGCGAGUGCAGACCUUCGCCGAGUUCUGUCCGAUUGGAUUUUAAGGCGGGGAGGAUGAGUACCCAGGCGGCGUCGGUGACGGGUUUGGCCGCGCAGCUCGGGCUGCAGUCCGGCGGCGGCUCGGGCGCCGCGACCGACGUCCAGAUGAAAACCACCAAGAUGAAAUUCGCUGUUCUCAUCGGGCUAAUCCAAGUCGGAGAGGUGUCCAACCGGGACAUACUGGAGACCGUGCUCAACUUGCUGGUGGGAGGGAAGUUUGACCUUGAGGUGAACUUCAUCAUUAAGGAGCCGGAGAGUAUUCUGCACAUGUUAGAACUGCUGGAUAACUGUUCAACCACCCUGCAGGCUGAGAUCUGGAGCAUGUUUAACGCUAUCCUGAGGAAGAGCACCCGUAACCUGCAGGCCUGUACCGAGGUCCAUCUCAUUGAGAAGAUCCUGCAGAAGCUGCCCAGCACAGACGACAUGAUCGCAGACCUGUUGGUGGACCUACUGGGCGUGCUGGCCAGUUAUAGCAUCACAGUCAAGGAACUCAAGAUACUGUUUGGUAUGCUGAAGGGAGACAAGGGAACUUGGCCUGUACAUGCAGUCAAACUGCUGAAGGUCCUGAGACAGAUGCCACAGAGACAUGGGCCUGACACAUUCUUCAACUUCACAGGGAGACACGGCUCUGCCAUUGCCCUGCCACCGCUGGCCAAGUGGCCGUACCAAAGCGGCUUUACCUUUAACAGCUGGUUUCGCAUGGAUCCGCUUAACACCAUAAACGUGGACAGGGAGAGACCAUACCUGUACUGUUUCCGGACCAGUAAGGGAGUUGGAUAUUCGGCACACUUUGUCGGGUCAUGCCUGAUUGUCACUGCUCUGAAGGCCAAGGGCAAGGGAUUCCAGCACUGUGUGAAGUACGACUUCCAGCCUAGAAAGUGGUACAUGGUGACCAUUGCACACAUCUAUAACCGCUGGAGGAACAGUGAACUGAAGUGCUACGUGAAUGGGAAACUGGUGUCAUUUGGGGACAUGGCCUGGCACGUCAAUACUAGCGACACAUUUGACAAGUGUUUCCUGGGUUCGUCGGAGACAGCGGAUGCUGACCGUGUGUUCUGUGGGCAGAUGGGAGCUGUGUAUGUGUUUGGGGAGGUACUGAGUGCACAUCAGGUGUCAGCUAUCUACCAGUUAGGACCUGGAUACAUGAACCAGUUCAGGUUUGAGUCAGAGAGUGACCUGCUACUCUCAGAUACCCAUAAAAAGUGUUUGUAUGAUGGGAAGCUGUCCUCCUGUAUCGUGUUUACCUACAACCCCAAGGCCACGGACGCGCAGCUCUGUCUGGAGUCGUCACCGCGAGGAAACCCAUCCUUCUUCGUGCACUCCCCCCACGCACUGAUGCUGGCCGUCAGCACUGCUUCGAAGGUCGUGCUGGAUGUUCGAGCCAUAGUGACCCAGUCUAUCCACAGUGCUCUACACUCCAUAGGGGGCAUUCAGGUUCUGUUCCCAUUGUUUGCUCAGCUGGAUCAUGUUCAGCAGAAUGGAGAGUUGGACUACAGUGUGUGUUCCAUGCUGCUUGGCCUGCUGUCUGACCUCCUGCAGAGUUCCGUGCGGACCCAGCAGCAGAUGAUCCAGGCUAAAGGCUUCCUGGUGAUUGGAUAUCUACUGGAGAAGGCAACCCGCAAGCACAUCACCAUCCAGGUGCUGGACAGUUUUCUCCAGCUGGCUAAGUACCUGGCCUCCCUGCCCACCGGUGGACCACUCCUGCGUAACCUGCUGGACCACAUCCUCUUUAACCCCACCAUCUGGAUAUACACACCCGCCAAGGUCCAGAUGGCCCUGUACACGUACCUGGCCACCGAGUUUGUCCAGUCUGCCAACAUCUACAACAACAUCCGGCGUGUCAGCACAGUACUGCAGCUCAUGCACACACUCAAGCACUUCUACUGGGUGGUCAACCCUCAGGACAGGAGCGGCAUUUCACCCAAGGGGAUGGAUGGCCCCAGGCCCACACAGAAUGAAGUGAAAUCUCUCAGAGCCUUCAUGUUACUGUUCAUGAAACAGCUGAUACUUAAGGAUCAAGGAGUGGACGAAGAUGAACUCCAAGCCAUUCUCAACUACCUGCUCACUAUGCAUGAGGAUGAGAACCUGCAUGACAUCCUGCAGCUACUGGUGGCCCUCAUGUCUGAACACCCGGCGUCCAUGAUACCUGCCUUUGACAAGAGGAAUGGUGUUAGGGUAAUCUUUAAGCUUCUGGCAUCAGCUAGUGAAGGCAUCCGGGUCCAGGCUCUGAAAGUCAUGGGAUACUUCCUGAAGAACACCAAUGCAAAGAGGAAGAAUGAGUUGAUGCAGGCCCACAGCCUCUUCACCCUGCUGGGGGAUAGACUGAUGUUACACACAGACACACUCAGUAUGACAACAUAUAAUGCACUGUAUGAGAUCCUGACAGAACAGGUGUGCACACAGGUGUUACAUGUGCCCCACCCCGAGCCUGACUCCUCCUGUAGAGUACACAACCCAAUGAUUAUGCAGGUGGUGGCACGGCUGAUUAAGAGCUCCCGAGCCACGGAGAAGGUUCUGGAAGUGAAGAAGCUCUUCCUGUCAGACAUGAUCAAACUCUUCAACAACAGCAGGGAGAACAGACGCACCCUGCUGCAGUGUUCAGUGUGGCAGGACUGGAUGUUCUCCCUGUGUUACAUCCACCCUGCCAACAAGGACGAGCAGAAGGUGACAGAGAUGGUGUACUCCCUGUUCCGCAUGCUGCUGUACCACGCCAUGAAGUACGAGUACGGAGGCUGGCGCGUCUGGGUCGACACUCUCGCCAUUGCACAUUCCAAGGUGUCAUUUGAGAACCACAAAAACCAGCUGGCCAAAGCCUAUGAGCAGUACCAGAAGUUUGAUCUGGAGCAUGGAGAAGUCAGAAGCAUAUCAGCUAUGUCUGAGAAAGGGACUGGCACGCCCCCAGGUGUCAGCCCAGUGAGAAUCGUGACAUCUUUUCCAAAGACCAGCAGUUCCGGGAAGACAGACCAACAGACACCUGCUGACAGUAGUGCAGCAGCGCCAUCUAGCACAAAAUCCAUAACUGCAGAUGGCAAUACAGAGGCAAGCAAUAUUCAGGCCAACAACAUGGGUGGAACAGCAAAUGGAGUAACUGCAAAUGUUGACAGCACCGACAAAAAGGAUGCAGUUGCAAAUGGGAGAAUAGAAGAAUCCAGUACCAAAUCAUCUAAUGAAGCAGAAACAGCCAACGACAAAGCAGCUGCAACCAAUGACAGCACAGCAGAAGUAGCAAAGGUCCCAGAAAACUCUGUUGUCUCAGCCACACAGUCAGCAAACAGUAGCAAUGAAAAUGUUCUUGUAAAUGGGGAGGUAAGUCCUGUUAGCCCCAUACAGAAAGGCAUCAUAACUCUGUCUCAAAGCAUAGCAGGGACUGGAAGUCAAGGAAGUGGAGUCAGUAGCAAAUCAGAGCCACAGAGCAUACCUGCAGAGGACAAUAAGGCCGCCAAGGCCCCAGCAAAUAAGGAAGCAGCGUCCUUCCUGAACUCUGUCAUAGACAACGUGGUGGCGAGGUUAGCGACCACCGAGACAGACUGGCUCUCGGGGAAGAACUUGGAGGAGCUGUCGACGGAAGACGUGGCUAAGGAAGUUGCAGCCGCGUUGAAACACAGUCGGGGCAGAGAGAAGAUUUCCGAUAAAGCUAUGCAAGACACAAGUGCAAUUGAUGAAGUAGCUGGCGUGGCGGAAAACGGGACAACGGAACAGUCGGGUGAAGCAGACAAGCAGGCAGAAAGUGCUACAGAGCCGACUGUCAAUGUGGAAACCACAUCAGAACCUCCAGCAGUGUCAGACACAGUGCAGGAAGGGGUCGAAACUAGUGCCAUAAGCAAUGAAAAACCUCCCUCAGAAGAAGUCAGGACCAAAGAGGAAACAGUUGCAGCUAGCCCUAUCACUAGUAUUAGUAAUGAAAACGACACGAAUUCUACAGAGCAACCUAAUAAGGAGAGUAAUGUUGCAGAUACUGGUGCUAAGACAGAGGAGUUGAAAUCAGAAGUAGAGAACAGUGGUAAUGACAGUAACGAAAAAGUAAACUCAUCAUCAGUAGAGGCUUCUGCUGAUGGUCCUAAGCCUCAGAGCACACUGGAUGUAGGAGAAGCUCCCCCUAGCACAGAAGCGAAAACUGCAGCCCCAUCUGCUGAAACCAACGGCACAGAAGCAGCUCCCUCUAGUGAGAGUGACAAAACUGCAGCUUCUUCAGAAACUUCAGAAACAACCACUACUGCAGCUUCUGCCAACGGUGCAGCUUCUAUCACUACUGCAGCUAUAACCACUACAGCAGCUUCUACUGUGGCAUCUACUGCAGCAGCUACUGCAGGCACACAAGCAGAAGCCACGGUGUCUCCAUCGCAGCAGCCCACCAGCCCCGCCUCCGGGACAGGGUCGCAGAAAUCCCAGGGUUCCCCGGGGCAGCAGUUCAGCCCAGGGCCGCGCACCAGCAUGUUCCGUAUCCCAGAAUUCUCCUGGUCGCCCAUGCACCAACGGCUGCUGUCUGACCUGCUGUUCUCCUUGGAGACGGACAUACAAGUGUGGAGGAGCCACAGCUCCAAGACAGUGAUAGACUUUGUGAACUCGAGUGAGAAUGCCAUCUUUGUGCACAACACCAUCCACCUGGUGUCCCAGCUGUGUGACAACCUCAUCAUCGCCUGUGGGGGGAUCCUGCCACUACUGGCCUCUGCUACCUCACCUUCUUAUGAGUUGGAUGUGAUAGAGCCAUCCCAGGGCCUGACUAUAGAGGCAGCAAUCUCAUUCGUGCACCGUCUGAUGAACCUGGUGGACGUGCUGGUGUUCGCCAGCUCGCUGAGUUUCGCUGAACUGGAGGUGGAGAAGAACAUGUCCUCAGGAGGCAUCCUCAGGCAGUGUCUCCGCAUCAUCUGCUGUUGUGCAGUGAGGAACGUGCUGGAGUGUCGUCAGAAGGAGAAACCAUCUGCCAACGGGGGUACAAUCGCUGCCGCUGACCUGAGGGAGAAAAACCUACAGUCCCUCCUGCGAGGGGCUCAGGAAAUCGCUAAGAACCUGGUGGAGAACAUGUCGGGGUUGCCGGGUGUGGUGUCCAUGGUGACCGACCCAGAGAGACUGCUGCAGGACAUGGACAUCAACAGGCUACGGGCCGUGGUCUAUCGAGAUGUCGAGGAUAGUAAGCAAGCCCAGUUCCUCUGCCUGGCCGUGGUGUAUUUCAUCUCAGUCCUGAUGGUGUCGAAAUACCGCGACAUCCUGGAACCCACCCACCCCGACCUGUCUCCAUCCGAGCCCUACCGGCGCACGCGCAGCGCCGUCAACUCGCCCACGGGACAGCCCGCAAACUUCAGCAACGCCGGCUGGAGGGCGACGCACGCCGCCAACCACCAGGUCAUGGAAGGGUCUACUGCCGGGAAGGGGGGGACAGCUCCGGAGGGAGUGGCUGCAUCAGCAGCAAGCAACACGAAGGAGAACAGCAGAUUAGAACAGAAGAAUGAUGCAAUAAAGAAAACCGCUGAGCUAAAGGAUGUGGCUGCAGCACCAGAGCAAUUGUCAGCAAAUGCGAAAAAUGAGUCGGAAAGUGCAAAAGAUACAGCAGGAACAGCUGCAAGCGCUAAGCAAGAAAUUUCACCCAGCGUGCUAGAUACCCGCCCAAGCCCAGAGACACAGUACGAGGGACUGGAUUUCGAAACUAAUGUUUUUACCAGUGAAAACACGCAGACGCUACUCGCCAAGGAGAAAAUGCUGGAAGAUGAAACACAGAAAGAUGCAACACAAGUCACAGAAGACAAGAAGGGGGAAGAUAACAAAGAAAGUCCAAAGCCGGCAGAGGCACCCAUACAGCCUGCAGAAAUCAAGCCUGAAACACCAGUAACUGUAACAACUGAGGAGGUACAACACCAGCCAUUGCCUGUUCAAGAGGACAAGUUUGAGGAGAUACCACUUGAAGAACAGGGGGCAGCAGCACCUGUAACUGCUACCGAGGUGAAAACUGAGUGUGUAGAUGAGAAAAAAGAGGAGGAGGACUCCCUGCCGACCCCGUCUCACGUGGCAGCGUUGCUACGGAAACUAAAGGCCAUGUCCGCUGAGCAGGACGACAAACCUGACGAGGAGGUCAUACAGGCCCAGUACAGCCCCACAUCUGUGGUGUACGAGGUGACAGAAGAAGCGUACACAAAACCCACAGUCAACAACAAGCCUGUGAAGUGGAACUCCUUUGACAGGAGCAUCGUUAGGCACGAGCCGCCCGUCAUGAACACUAACGGCAUCAGUUCAAGUAAGACUGAAUCUACAGACCAAGCAGUGGUGAUCCCCAGACCGCCCCCUCAGACAGGGGUGGCAGGAGGCAUGAGGACCCGGUCCCAGUCCACCCCGUCUGGGUUUGGUCCUGGUUCUGGUCUCCCCAGGCCUCACAGCUUCCACUCAGGUUUCCCUGAGAGGCACAAUGACACAGUGACCUCCAAGCUGGAGAGGUCGCUGGAGACAGUGGCACCACUGCUGAGGGAAAUCUUCCUGGACUUUGCUCAGUUUCUGUCCAGGACACUAGUGGGAAGCCAUGGCCAGGAGCUGCUCAUUGAAGGUCUGGUGUGUAUGAAGUCCAGCACAUCUGUAGUGGAACUUGUCAUGAUGCUGUGUUCACAGGAGUGGCAGAACUCUAUCCAGAAGCAUGCGGGGCUGGCAUUCAUUGAGCUCAUCAACGAGGGAAGGUUACUGUCCCACGCCAUGAAAGACCACCUGGUCCGGGUAGCGAAUGAAGCUGAGUUCAUCCUCAACAGACAGAGGGUGGAGGAUGUACAGAAACAUGCUGAAUUUGAGUCGAUCUGUGCCCAGCAUGCUCUGGAGCGUCAGGAGGAGGAGAAGAUGUGUGACCAGCUGAUCUCGGCAGCACGGCGGCGGGACCAGGUCACCGCAACGCAGCUCCGACAGAAGAUCAUGAACAUCCUCACCAGCAAGCACGGCGCCUGGGGCUGUCCUAAACAAGAACAGUAAGCUCAACACACCUGCUGCACUGUAGGGUUGGGGAUGUGUUUUUCUGUCAGGCCACGACAGUUCUGGAAGUUGGACUACUGGGAGGAUGACCUGAGGCGUCGGCGCAGACUGGUGCGGAACCCUCACGGCACCACGCACCCUGAGGCUACCUUAAAGGCAGCCCUGGAACAUGGAGCACCAGAAGAUGCGGUGAGCCAGGCCAGACAGGCGUUCCAUAAGGAGGUAGCUGCCAUGAAGGGUCGUGACUACGAGAUCCUGGACCCUGAGGAGCUGCUGCUGGAGGAGAAGGAGCUGGACGAGCUAGCCGGUCCCGUGGCCUUCAGCACUCCCUGCAGCCUGAUAGCUCCAGCGGUGGUUGCCAAGGGAACGCUGUCAAUCACCGCGGCGGAGCUGUACUUUGAAGUGGACGAGGAAGAUCCCAGCUACAAGAAAUUGGACCCCAAGAUCUUGCUGUACACAGAGAGCAUCCAUGGCAAGUGGCACUUCCACGACAUCGUGGCCAUUUUCUCACGCAACUAUCUCCACCAAAGGACGGCGUUGGAGAUCUUCUUUGCAAACAGAUCCUCCGUGAUGUUCAGUUUUCCUGACCAGGCCACAGUCAAAAAAGUGGUGUAUGCCCUCCCUAGGGUAGGAGUGGGAGUCAACUAUGGGCUGCCACAGGCCAGGAGAGUUUCCUUGGCAACACCAAAGCAGCUGUUCCGUAUGUCGAACAUGACGGCCCGCUGGCAACGCCGCGAGAUCUCCAACUUCGAAUACCUGAUGUUCGUCAGCACGAUAGCUGGUCGAACAUACAAUGAUCUGAACCAGUAUCCGGUGUUCCCCUGGGUACUGACUAACUACGAAUCAGAGGAGUUGGAUCUCACGCUGCCGAGCAACUUCCGCGACUUGUCAAAGCCUGUUGGAGCUCUGAACCCGAAGCGCCGGUCGUUCUUCCAAGAGCGGUACGAGGCUUGGGACGACCCUGAUGUUGCACCCUUCCACUACGGGACCCACUACUCCACUGCAGGCUUUGUCCUGAACUUCCUCAUCAGAUUAGAGCCUUUCACCACAAUGUUCCUGAAUCUUCAAGGCAACAAGUUUGACCACGCCAACCGCACCUUCUCUAACAUCCUACAGACAUGGAGGAACUGCCAGAGGGACACCUCAGAUGUCAAGGAGCUCAUCCCAGAGUUCUACUACCUGCCAGAAAUGCUGAUGAACAUGAACGGGUACAACAUGGGCACGAUGGAGGACAGUCGGCCUGUGGACCACGUGGUGCUGCCAGCCUGGGCCAGGACACCGGAGGAGUUCAUCAGGUUAAACAGGAUGGCUCUGGAAUCUGAAUUUGUAUCUUGCCAGCUUCAUCAGUGGAUAGACCUCAUUUUCGGAUACAAACAGAAGGGUCCUGAAGCCAUCCGUGCAACCAACAUGUUCUAUUACCUGACAUACGAGGGUAGUGUGAACCUGGACUCCAUCACAGAUCUUGUCAUGAAGGAGGCCAUUAAGGACCAGAUCAAGAGUUUUGGUGUGACCCCCUGCCAGCUGCUGACCGAACCUCACCCACCCCGCAGCUCAGCUAUGCAUCUGACCCCGAUGAUGUUUACGGACAUGAGGACGAACGACGUUCUGGUGGCGCUCAAGUUCCCCUCCAACUCUCCCAUCAUCCACCUCACCGCCAACACGCACCCCCACGUCCCCAUCCCCGCUGUCACCACGGUUACCGCCAACCUGCUCUUCUCCAUCAACAAGUGGAACGCAAGCGCCGCCACCUUUAGAGGAGCGCCAGGGUACUCUCUGGAGCCCAACCAGUAUGCCAUAGAGGUGGACCCCCUCAUAUUGGCAGGGACAGGGGUACACCGGCGCCAAGUGAACGACAUCCUGGACCAGAGUAUCCAGCUGAACUCCUGCUGCUGCAGGCUCACCUCCGACAACAGGCACAUCCUCAUCUGUGGCUUCUGGGACAAGAGCUUCAGGAUAUACUCCACCGACACAGGCCGGCUGCUGCAGGUAGUGUACGGCCACUGGGACGUGGUGACGUGUCUGGCCAGGUCGGAGUGUUACAUCGGCGGGGACUGCUACAUCGUGUCUGGGAGCAGGGACGCCACGCUGCUGCUGUGGUUCUGGAGCUCCAGGCUACAGGCCAUCACAGGAGAACCGCACAACAGCAACAGGGUUGAGCGUGCCAUCCCCAAGACCAUCAUGACAGGCCAUGAGACGGAGGUUCUGAGUGCCUGUGUGUCCGCUGAGCUGGGUCUGGUCAUCAGCUGCUCAAGAGGAGGUCCAGUCCUGGUGCACACCAUCAAUGGAGACCUGCUGCGGUCGCUGGAUCCCCCGGAGUUCUGCGUGAAUCCGACUCUGGUCAAGAUGUCGUGCGAGGGUCAGGUGGUGGUCAGCUACGACAAGGGUCACCUCUCACUCUUCACCUUCAACGGGAAGUUCUUACGGGCCAUGGAGCUGAACGACAACAUACUGUCGAUGGUCCUGAGUGCAGACGGUCAGUACUUAGUGACAGGAGGAGACAACAGGAUAGUGGAGGUUUGGCAGACCAGCAACUUCAAACUCCUCUACACCUUCCCCGGCGUGGACAGUAGUGUCCGGGCACUCGACCUCACUCAUGACCAAAAAACUGUACUAGUAGGUCUGUCAUCAGGCAGUCUGGUAGCCUUCAACAUUGACUUCAACAGGUGGCACUAUGAGUUCCAGGCCAGAUACUAGCUGAGGGACAAGUACCCCAUCUGGUGGGAAACGGGGUGCUGACCGCACACACAGGACCUGCACACCCCCGCUGCAGAUAUGCACUGGUCCAAAAUCAGACAACCUGAGUCAAAAACGUGUACAAUUUGGAUCAGUCGAUUCAUUUUUAAGGGGAGUAAGUAAUUGGGGGGGAGGGGGGCUUAAACUUUGUGAAAGUGCAAGAAGAGCUGUUGGUUAAU